CCAACUCUGUGAUUCAUAAAUUGUGCAAGUUUCUUUUCACAAACACCUAAAGGAUUUUGUAGAGCCGGAGCAAAUAGUCCAAGAGGAAGGCUGUUCUGGAUGGUGCAUAAGGGAUGCAGAGCACCUUCUGCUUUGCAGCCCUCAAAAGGAGUAGUGAAAUCAUGAAUUCACAUUAAUCAUCGGUUCAGCAAGUUCAGCAGCAUCAACAAAGAGCUGAACCAAGGAAGUCAUGUGGCUUCAUGUUGUUAUUUAUCUGCUACUUUUUUCAACAGAGUGCUUGCUCAAUGAUAAGUAAACUUAGGGGCCUAAUAGAAACUGUACCUAUGUUCCCUUUCAGCAAUACCUUCUUUGAGGUAAAAUCAAUAUCCAACCAAGUCUGGAAGUUCCAGCGGUAUCAGCUGAUCAUGACGUUCCAUGACAGACCUGUCCUCCCACCACCAAUGAUUAUCUUCAGCCACAUCUACAUAAUCAUCAAGCGAAUCUGCUGCCGCUGCAAGAAGGGUGAAGGAGACCAGGAUGAACGUGACAGGGGACUGAAGUUAUUUCUGAAUGAUGAAGAGCUAAAAAACCUGUAUGAGUUUGAAGAGCAGUGUGUAGAAGAAUACUUCCAGGAAAAAGAGGAUGAACAGCAGUCAUCUAAUGAUGAACGCAUCAGAGUUACCUCUGAAAGAGUUGAAAAUAUGUCUAUGAGGCUAGAAGAAGUGAAUGAAAGAGAACAUUUUAUGAAAGCUUCUCUUCAAACAGUUGACCUUCGACUCUCUCAGUUGGAAGAGCUAUCUGGUCGAAUGGUGAAUGCUCUUGAGAAACUGGCAGGUAUCGACAAAUCUGAGCUGACGUAUACACGUUCACGGGCUUCAUCUGAGUGUGACGCUACAUAUCUCCUAAGACAAAGCAGUGUUAACAGCUCUGAUGGCUACAGCAUGUACAGACACCAUGUCGGUGGCGAUGAGUUAACAUAUGAUGACAGUACCACUCCUAUGUCGCCAGCAAUGGGAUUGCGUAAAAAAGCCCAUUCUGUCGGUACCAAAGAAGAUGGAGCAGAGCCAAGGAUGCUGGUUCCAGAACACCACACCAAUCUCCAUUAUACCGCUAGUGCUAAUGCAGUCACCACAGCAGAUUGCAGUAAAUCUACAUUAGAAAUGGCCCAGAACAUUUCCAGAGCCCAUUCUAGUUCAGGUGGUUUUGGGGAUGAAACACAGGGGAUUUUCAAGAGUGGUGGAAUUGUUCCUCAAAAUAUAGACCAGAUGGAUGCUGUUACAAACAGACAGUCAGUACCAAGAUCAGAUUUUCAGAACACUCAGUUAAAAGUAGAACGUACCAAGUUAGAAGCAACCAUCUCUUAUCCCUUGGACAAAUCUAAAGCAAUACAUUAUUUUCCUCCUGAAACAUUCAGUGCUUGUCAAACCACUAUGAUGAAGUCAAGGAGCUUUAUAAUGGCACAGGGUGGGAAGCUGGUUGGAGGAGUUAACAACUGGACCACAGAGUAUAGUACCAUCACAGAUCAGGUGUACCCUUCUACAAUUGAACAGUGGGCCACAGAGUGGAAAUAUGAAGUUCAGCAGCAACUUUCUCAAGAACGUCCUCCAGAAUAUCCUGGUUUUACCUCUGAAGCAGAAAGGCAAGCAGAGCAGAAACAGUUACAGAUGGACACAGACGAUGACAGUGAUGUUGGUGAAGCAGGUAUGAGUGCAUCUUACACCUCUAUGUCUCCCCCUGUCAGGGCUGAGAAAGAGAAUUUAUUAUCAGUAAAGCCAGAAAGGACUUCUGGGUUCCCAUCAGUGCGGUCGAAGAGUUUGCAUAGCCAUUCUCGGAAAGCCAGGUCUGUAAAGGACAAAUUAAAUAGACCAAGACAUGCCAGCAGCGUAACUAAUUUGGUGGUAGCAUUUGGCAGUGCAACAGAAGAACAGAAAGCUAUGCAAGAAAAUGCAUCCACAGAAACUGAAUGUUAAAGUGGCUUAUGGCUCCUGUUUUAUUGACAGUCAAGAAAGCAGCAUGAUUAUUUGAACAAAUUAUGGAUUUUUAAAUUAAUUUCCAAAGAAGAAUUUUGCAUAUAUUUGUUUCUUUUCAUUUUAAACUUAAUAAAUACAUGUUCUGUUCUGAAAUAAAUGGUUGCUGGGUCAGGUGAAAGAGAGAUAUUCUCUCAGGGCAGAUAAAAAGUAGACACAAUCCACAGAUGCCAACAGUACAGAGCUUUCUUUGUUCCAUUUUGACCACCCUCAUAAGCUCAUUUAUGGAGAAGCUCUUUAUAAAAGCUCUUGAAGGACAAUAUUAUAAUCUAAUAAUUAAGAAAAUGGUUUUUCUUCUUUUUUAUCAGAAGACUUCUUAAACUGAACAAAUUUUUAACCAGCCUUAGUUUUUAUUUUUACUUAUGCAGCUGGUUUCAUUGUGGCCAUUGUGUUUUUCAGAUCAAACAAAAUUGUUGGAGGCAAGGAAAAAUUAUGCAGUCCCCUCUUUCACUUCUGCUUUCAUGCAUGCUUCUUAGCUCCUCUUUCAGAAAGGCACAACGUAGCCAUUUUCAUCCACUAAAAUAGGUCUGAGAGGCAAAAUACAGUUGUGUUUGGAGAAACCUGACAUGGAAAGCCAUGUGUAGACAUAUUCUUGACCUGUCCUUGAACUUGAAUGACAUAAUCUUUCUUUCAGGAUCAUAUCUGUCCCCACCCCAAAAGCAUGCUGACAGCCUUAAAUUGUUGAAAAGCAAUGACCAUUGUUUCAAAAUGUUUAGGGAGAUCUUAAGUAUAUGAAGUAUAUGGAGUUUUUAAUAACAUGAAUCCGAGGUCUGCAUUAGAGUUUUGUAUAAAUGGGGAUUACAAUAGAAGUCCAUGUAGAGUAAAAAUCUGUUGUUUUUUUUUUAAAUGCCUGCAAGGGAAAACAAAACAAAACAAAAACAGGAAAGGUUUUCUGAUCAGGUGAUCAGAAUGUAGCCAGUUUGUGUUUGAAGCAAAUCUACUGUGAUAAAUUAAUCUUUCAUUUUGUAAUUUCAUUAUGACAAUGCAUGAGGAACAAGGAACAGCUUCUAGGAGUCAGUAUGAAAUGUAUGAAAUUUCCAGAUGAGAAUAGAAAUUCCAUACAUUUUCUUGAGUAAAUUUCAAAAACAAAUGUCAAAGGGAAAAAAGGUCUCUAUAGCAAAAGUGUUUUUUAUCCCUCAAUGACUAAGACUGGAAAUCCACAUCUAUAGUUACAGUUUCCCAGCACACUUGUCUCACCAGUGGCAUUCUAAGUACUAGGUUUUGAUAGUUUUCAUCAUAAUGGUAUAAUGUUGUUUGCCUCAUUCUUCUCUGUUACUUUUUAGGGAUUUUGUUUUCCCAAAUAUUCAGCACCUCUCUUUGCAGGGGAUGCAUACCGUUGAACAGACAAGUAAGAAAAUGAGUUAAAGGCUUGUUAUUUGUUCACAGAAUACUGGUCAAAAGUUGAUGUGUUGGGACUUAUUAAUAUACUAUUUUGAAACAACAACAUUUUGUUUUUUCCCCCACUAUCAGCUCUACAGUAUGUAGGUCACAGUAUCCCACUCAAUAAUACUGCUCACAGCAUUCUGAAAUGCAGAGAUUGAUGGAAGACUCUACAAAUGCACUGAUGGCAUCAGCUUUUUAUUGUUUGUAUUAUAUUUUCAUACUCCAUCCAUACUUAUACUUUGAAGUACUGUUACCAUACUGCCUGAUCAUGGCAACUGCAUAGACAUUUCUGAAAGUUCAGUCAUCAUUUACUAUGGAUUUUUGCUAGCUUAGUCUUACUAGCAGGUUUCCUGGUUUCACUGUUGUCAGAACAGUGUUUACAUUUUGUUUUUCAUGCAGGCUGCUCCUUUAUUCAACGUUAGGGAACCUGACAUUUUGUAAAAACAGAAUGACAUUUGAAAUUGUUUCACUUCCAUGUUUACUUCUGUGUUACCAUUCUAUGCAACUACAUAGCCAUUUUGUACGUGUGGUAAAAAUAGCCUCCAAUUUGCCAAUGCCUUUUUAUUGUUUGCCUGUACACUCACCAGAAACUGAUUUAUUAAUGAACACAAAGGGAUGCAGCUUUUCAGCACUUUGCUGAAAAAGCAGUGUGCAUUUUGUUCAACAUUGUGGAAUGAAAUAGUGUGUUGCAUACCUUGUUACGUUGUUUUUCUAAAAUGUGUGUUAAAUCAUGCUCUGUUUGACCAGUUAUUUUUUUUAGCAUUU